AUGGUUGCGGGUUCAUAUCCGUUUAGGGCUCAGUCGGUGGUUGAUGAAGUUCCGGCUCCUUAUCGGCGUAGGGUGUGGUCCGGCUCUGUGGAUCCUCUUUUGUCCUCUGGAUCUGGGGUUUCUGUUUCCUCACCGCCUGUGUCCCUUCUCGUCGAGUUAGGAGUAGGAUUUGUGGUUCGCGGCUUGGUAGACAUCGAGACUUGCUUUAUGUUCCUCUUGUAG